GGGCAGCACGUCGACGAGUCUCCCUCCAUAAUUGCAUCAGGCGACAGUCCAAAUCCUCGCUUGUCUUCGGGAGGACAGCGGUUCUCUACCAUGAACCAGAAUGGUUGACAAAUUACCUUUGAACGAUCCACAUGCAAACCCGCCUUCCGCAAACCCUGCCUACCAGCAACCUGUGGGACCUCCACACGCGUCCCCAACAGGAAGUCAAGCAUCACCACACACUAGCACAUUCACCGAGGCAUCAGCAUCGAACGUUAUAAUGUCCAAUAAACCACCUACCUUGAGUUCUUAUACAAAGGAUGGAAUCACCUACAACGUCAGGAGAUAUACGCAGGCUGUUGUCUCAAUUGGGGGAUGUCCAAUGGAGAUGCCAACCGUCGUUGUUGGAGGCCAUCAUAAUACCGGUGCAGUAAACAAUUCAAUUCUAAUGCUC